AGCUAUGAAGAAGAAUGCCAUCAGCUGGUGGAGCUGUCAGACGGACGUUGUAGGUUAUGGUGUCUACGAUUUGAGGUGCGGAAUCUGCUUGCAAUGUCUAUAGCCGGAAGGAAUUCGAUUCUUCUCAGAACACUAUUGGUGGACUUCUCUAACCUUCGACUCUCACCAGCAACACAACAGAUCCGCGAAUACUAUCAUCGGCCCAAAUUACGAAACCCUUAUUGGUUUGUUAGGAAAACACGGGCGGCCAAUGAAGACAACCUUACAGCGGAAAAUCAAGACUUUAUAAAAGAGCGUGUACACGACAAAUUUGGCCCGCCGGCCAUAAUUAAGGGCGUUUCGACGUACCAAAAUGCUGUACAGUCAUUAGUAAAAGCAGAAGAACGAGAGAAAGUAGAAUGGUCACCAAAACUGCGCCGCACCGGAGUCCUGGCCAGAAAAAUUGGAAACUAUCCCCUUUGGCUGAAGAACGGAAAGAAAAUUCACACAACUUUGCUUCACGUAGUGGACAAUCAUGUCGUAAGAUAUAUUCCCCCUGAGGAGUACAAACCGACUCAGAAGCCUACAGUUCACGACGUUAGUAAAUAUGGAUGUCUUCUAGUUGGUGCGGAAAGCACUGAUCCUAGUCUUCUUACAAAAGAAUAUUGUGGUCUCUUCAAAGAUUCCGGUGUAAUGCCCAAGAAGCAUCUUGCGCGUUUUCUCGUUUCACCUGAAGCAGCCCUCUCGCCGGGAACUCCAUUGAAUGUUACUCAUUUCCGCAUCGGAGACUUCGUAGACGUUCGCGGCAAAACCAUCGAUCGUGGCUUCCAAGGAGUGAUGAAACGCCACGGUUUCAAAGGAAUGCCGGCUUCUCAUGGUGUGACGAAAACCCAUCGUCGCGGUGGCAAUAUUGGUGCAGGUGGAGAAAAAGGUCGCGUUUGGCCUGGAACUAAAAUGCCUGGACAUAUGGGUAAUCGCUACAGAAUACUGAAAGGUUUGAGGAUUUGGCGGAUAAAUACCAAAUAUAAUGUGAUGUGGGUGCAAGGUAAUUGCAUUGCUGGAGACACCAAUAGUAUGGUGUAUAUUUAUGACACGAUAUUACCACUGCGAAAACCACAAAUAUCACCCCCAUUUCCGACGUAUUUCGAGGAUGAAUCAGAGGAAGCUUUGCCAGAAGAAAUUUGGUAUGAGACAGUGCAUGAUUUUAAGGAUCCAUCAAUUACUUUUGCUCCAGAGUCGUAAGUGUUGAAUAAUUUGUGUAUUGAAUGCGGUUAAAAUAGAAAACCUAUUAUUAAAAUG